UCUAAAGUAUUAUAUUCCUUGAUUAAACACAGUAGUUCGGAACUGGGAUCGCUUAAUUUAGUUGGGACUUAUCUUGCAAACUAUUUUGUUUUUUUAGUUUCGACUCGAAUCAGAGACAUAAGUAAUAACAGUAGUACUGAAGGUUGGUCAACCUUUAGAACUACAAGUAUUUUUCGCUGUGCUUAUUUUUUUAGCAAAGUUCUGCAAUCUAGUUCUCGUAGGUCGUCUUUGGGAGCGCUCUUCCGAACUACUGUUUGAGAACUAAAGAAGUUUGACCCAAACCUAUAGAUAUUUUAUUCUCAUUGCAAAAAACUGUGUACGUACCUAGUUUACUUAAAUUAAAUUUAAACAUUUUAAUUUCAUUUGAACUACAUAACAUGGCUAAUCUUCCACCACGUAAAAUUUCUUCUCCACAUAUAUUAUCUAGGCAAGGUACGACGCCGUUACAAGUUUUACUACAAAUGGGAUUUCCAAAACACCGGGCAUUGAAAGCACUGGCAGCAACAGGCAACCGUAGUGUUCAAUUAGCCUCUGACUGGUUACUUACUCAUGUGAACGAUACAUCAAUUGAUGUAAAUGAACCACGAGAGUAUAUUUUCUAUGCCUGUCCCACUGGAACACUACUUGCACAACUACUUGAAUUUUGGGAAAAAUCAAAAGAGAGUAGUGGUUGGAAUGGAGCACACAAUUACCCACCUCAUAUUACAUUGGUGUCAUUUUUUAAGGCUCCUGAUGAAGCAUCCCUUCGGCUUGCCCGAGCAGUAAAGCAAGUUAUAGAAAACAUAGGAGAUCCACCAAACUGUCCACUGAAACUAGAGCCAUAUAUAUCUCAAAAUUUCAUGGGUCUCUUUGUCUCUGAAGACUAUGCUGAUUAUUUUAAAAAAAUUGCUGAGCAGUUUGUAAAUCUGGUGUCAUGCAUAUCCAUGAACGUGGAAGCCAAUGUGAAUUCAUUGCACAUAACGUUAGCUUAUCAUUUCGCCGUAACCGCAUAUGAUGAACUCAAAUCUGUUGUUGACGAGCUACAGCCAAUAGAGCAGUCUAGCUGGGAGCUGAGAUUGUAUUCAAGAGAUCCCCGCUUUACUAAUCAUCAGGUGCAUAAAGUGAUGCAAGGUUACAUUCCGAAAGCUACCGACGAACUUGAACUAGUCCUAGGAGACUAUAUUUAUAUUGAAGAGAAAGAGUUUAAUAGCUCCUCUGACGGUUGGGUGUACGGCACGUCUUGGCUGACAGGUGUCAGCGGUUGUUUGCCAGCAGUGUACACCCGACGUACUCUAGAGUCGGACGCUUGGACUAUACAUAAAACUAUUACGCUCGGAAACAACAGUUUAGAUAGUAAAUCGGAAUCUGACUCAAACACGGAACCAGAAAUGGCUUCGAAUUAUCCACAUGAGGAUGCGGCCCAGCUUGGUUUUGAAAAGUCUGAAGAGACUUACAAAGAGUGGUCGAAGUAUUGGGAUGCUUACUCGACUCGAACGAAUCCAAACGUGUUGACCCCAGUCGAUACCAUUGACAACAAAAAUGGCAGUACUUCGGGAAAUGGAGACAUAGCAUCGAAUUCAUCUAGUAAAAACGCAACGAAUGGGCAGAAGACAGAUCGGCGCUGGUACUUUGCAAUGCGGCACGGCGAACGAGUGGACCUCACAUACGGGGAUUGGGUUCCGUAUUGCUUUGACGAAAACGGGACCUAUGUUAGGAAGGACUUGAAUAUGCCACUACACCUUGCUGAGAGAGCGGGUGGUAAAGUUUCUUAUGAUAAAGAUUCGCCACUGACCCGGAUAGGGCGUCUGCAGGCCGAGCUGGUGGGUGAGGGGCUGCGCAUGGCGGGCGUGCGAGUCCGACAUGUAUAUGCCUCCGCCGCGUUGCGCUGCGUCGAAACCGCUCACGAAAUGCUGCGAGGCUUACAAGAUCCAUCAGUGAAAAUAAGAGUAGAACCGGGGUUAUUUGAGUACAAAGGGUGGCAUGCCACGAAGGGAUUAGCUCCCUUCAUGACACCCUUGGAACUUCACAAGGCGGGUUAUAAUGUCGACCUUAAUUACCAGUCUUAUGUGGAUUUAAAUAUAGAAACACCAGAGACGUUGGAAGAAUUUUACAAUAGAAACGAGAAAGUUAUCCAUUCAGUUGUCAAAGACACGGAAGCAGAUGAUGGUAACGUUUUCUUUGUGGGGCACGCUGUUAUGUUAGACUUGAUGGUAUUUGCUAUAAAGCGCUUGGAACAAAAAAAAUCUGAAUAUAUUCCUUACCAACUCAACAAGCACUUACUCCGAGUGCCGUAUUGCGCUCUGGGAGCUAUGAAGGACAAGCCGUGGGAGGUAGUGUCGCCCCCAUGUCCACCCUCAAUAAACUCUAGUUCCGGCAGGUAUGACUGGCGAUUACUGCUAGAUAUGUAAAGAAGUUGUCCAUUUAGAAUAAGAAUAAAGACUGUGCAAGCUGAAAUUAUUUAAAAUUUGAAUACGCUAUUAAUGCUCUUCGUACAUUGUAUUAUACAAUUUUAUUGUAUGGAUCAUUUACUAGGCAUUACAUUAAAGAGCAAAUUUGUUUCCUAUAUAUUUGUAACAAAUACAUUUAAAUUUAUUUUUAUUUAAA